UCAGCUGCUGUCAGGGACACAUGAACGGUGAUAAUAUCCACGGAACAGGCUGCGGGCAGGAGGAACAAAGAAAGCCGACCAUUCCCUCUGAAGCGUCCUUUCACUUCGUCACUGCAGAUAAAUGUCGACUUGGCAGAAGCAAUUUUCGCCUUUGUCUUACCACUUCUCCCUACACCCCUCCACCCCCCCCUCCCUCCAUCGAGAGUCACACUGAAGUCCGACUGUUUGGUUUUGCUGAGGAAAGAGGAAACUUGGCGUCGUGAGAGGUUUCCUUGAGGUCGCUUCUCUCGAAUCCCUCUCGCCUUGAGAGAGACGCGGGCUGCAUAAAGGCAUAACGCACGGAUAUAACCAGAGCGUUGAUGUUGUGACCUGUUGACUUGGCAGAGAUGCACUUUUCUCAAGACGCCUGCGCUCAGAUGGAUUAAAGAGGAGCGUGGUUCCCCCUGGCUGAAGAGAGUGUCUGUCCAACAGCAUCUUUCCACCCAGGACCCAGCGUGUUGCUACUGCGCCCAUGAGGUAACGUCAGGACCUACCGCCCCCUCAUUACCACCCUCGGUCCAUCCAUCUCCCUCCCCUCUGUCCCUUCCUCCCUUGGACCUACCCAGCCAUGGGCCAGAAGAUCUCAGGCAGUAUUAAGUCAGUGGAUGUACGCGGGGAGCCCUCAUAUCAGCCCGUGCGCCGCGAGCUGCGGGGCCCAGAUUUCUGUCGGCCCCCCAGGCUGGACUUACUGCUGGACAUGCCGCCGGCUAGUCCCGACACUCAGCUUCGCCACGCCUGGAACCCCGAUGACCGUUCCCUCAAUGUCUUUGUUAAGGAGGACGACAAGCUGACGUUCCACCGACAUCCCGUAGCACAAAGCACAGACUGUAUCCGAGGCAAGGUGGGCUACACCAGGGGUCUCCACGUUUGGAGGAUUCACUGGCCGGCCAGACAGAGAGGCACCCACGCUGUCGUGGGCGUGGCUACCGCUGAAGCACCUUUACACUCAGUGGGCUACAUGGCCCUGGUGGGCUCGGACUCUGAGUCCUGGGGCUGGGACCUGGGUCGGAACAGACUCUACCACGAUGGAAAGAACCGACCCGUUUCCACGUCAGCACCCACGUACCCCUCUUUCCUGGAGCCAGACGAGUCCUUUGUGCUGCCAGACUCUCUGACAGUAAUACUAGAUAUGGACGAAGGGACACUGAGCUUCAUGGUAGACGGACAGUAUCUGGGAGUGGCUUUUAGAGGGCUUAAGGGCAAGAGACUGUAUCCCAUCGUCAGUGCUGUGUGGGGGCACUGUGAGGUUUCUAUUCGCUACGUCAACGGACUAGAUCCGGAGCCCCUGCCCCUCAUGGAUCUGUGCAGACGAGUAGCUCGGCUGGCCCUGGGCAGAGAGCGCAUCCAUCACAUCGACACACUCCCACUGCCACAGACUCUCAAGAACUACCUCCAGUACCAGUGACCACACACACGCACACACACACACCACGCACACACACGCACACACACACACCACGCACACACGCGCGCACACACAGAAACUGAAGCCCAUUUGUUCUUAUUGUAACCAGCCUCCAAACUGAACUUGAAUCAUAACCAUCAGACAUCUGCUGAGGAUGAGGACUAUGACGUUGACUAUGAACAGGUGAUGGCGCUGCGAGGGGUUUUGUUUACACCAAUUGGGGAUUUUCCAUUUUGGAUGAUUUUUAAUCUCCUGGUUUUCAGCUUUUUUUUUUUUUUUUCCCUUUUUUUUCGUUGCUGACUGCUGUUUUUCUCCUGGACAGGUCACUGAAAUGGAGAGAGCGAGAGAUUAGAAGAGAAUAUUGCAAUUCAGUUUCCUGCUAAUCAAAAAAAAAAAAAUUAUAUAUAUAUAUAGAAAUAUAUCUCUACAUGUGCUCAGUCAGAAAGGCCUUUAAUGACGUGGUUUUUGGCGACAGUUUACCCAACACGCUCUGUGAAAGCUUCUUCAGAAACAUGUUGGUAUGUAUAUUUAUAUUCCUAGGAACACAGCAGGCUCUGUCGAGACACAACAAUCCCUUCAAGCCACAGGAGAGAGGGAGAGAAAGUCCGCACACAGUUCUAUUUUUGUGUGUGUGUACACAGUGCAGCGCGCAUGGAUUACAUAUACAUAUACAGUGUAUGCGUGUGUCACAAGUGUACAGAAACAAAGCCCACACUGUCUGUAGUAAGAAGACAACUCACUGACAAGUAGGCAGUACCCACCUACAGGCUGAAAAACACAAUCCCAGUCUGUUUUAACCAUUCUGAAUCCCCCUCCUCUCUCCUGCCAGCUUCUCUCUCUCUCUCUCUCUCAGACUCCCUGUGUCUCUCCUUCACUCACUCCAGUUUGAUUUAAUCCCCCAUCAUGCUGGUGAACUCGAAGGACCACGCCUGCUGUUGUCAGCUCUCUAGCUCCUGUAACGCUGAUAGAGAUUGAUCUGAAGGUGAAGCUUCGUCUUCGACUGCUAAUGUGCCUACACACACACACACACACACACACACACACACACACACACACACACACACACACACACACACACACACACACACACACAACACUUCUAACCCCCCCCAUCCCGACACAAAAAAAUGCUGCUUUUUCCUUUUUCCUGUUGUCUUAUCCUCAUAUGGGUUUUUAUCCCGGAUUUACUUUUGAAAAUUAUGGUCUUAAAAUUAGAUUUUUUUUUUUUUUAAUGUUCUUUUUUUUUCUCCUCCUCAGUGGGACUGGUUGUCUCACGCAUAUGGUGGAAGAAGUGCUGCCAUGAGAAUCUUUUAAAUGUGAAUAAGAAUAAACUCAGCUAAACUCACACUGCCUCUUGGUGUGUUCUCCUUCAGUAUCACCAAUUACACGACUGUAGAUGUAGCCCAAAACUGUACUGUGUUCACUGAUCAUUCACAAAAUUUUAUCUGCGAAGAAGGAUUGUUCAGUUACAUUGGACUGUAUCAAGAGUAAUACUUGGUUUAUGAAGAAUUUGGAGAGUUUAACUUUUAAUAAAAUUAAAGCUUUUUAUUUUAUUCAA